AUGAAGGUCAUCAUUAAAAGAAAUUCAGAGCACGACCCAGAGUUCCUCAACGAAGACGUGGCAGCAGAAGUUGUGGACCGCCGGAGCAUGGUGCAGCUCCUCAAGCGGACGUUAACCUUGGACUCCAACCAGAGGAUCCUACCCCAAUGCGGCCUUACACCAUCCUUUCAUCAACAUGCACCACUUAUGCAUGUACCCAGACUACAACCACUACUAUGAGAAGUCCACUCGUGAGGCCCUGAUUCAGGAUACAGCUCCAGAGGGAGACAGCUGUAGGUCUCACCAUCUGAAUGCAGAGAGGGGCCAGCGGUUCCUGUACCCCAGGGAGAAGGGGACCCACCAGUCAUGUCCCCUGGGUCAAAAUCACCAUGACCAGAGGGAGGGCUACCCACCAUUCUCAGAGCGCUUCCAAGGUAACAAUGGGGUUCUCUCCCAGCAGACCCCAGUGCCCAGUGAGCCUUAGUCCCCCACAGCGCUAUUUGAAGACCUGAUGGAGAGCCUGUGCAUUGUGGAUGAGGCCAACCUGGAGGCCACCAUGGGGGUAUGGGCGGAGGAGGAUGCCCAGUGUGCCUUCCAUCUGUCCAGCUCUGUGAAACCCUCAGAUCUCCAAGCCGGCCUCCAACCAAGUGAAAGCGGUGCCUUCCAGGAGACUGAGCUAGACUGUCCUCCUAUAGGCUCCACCAGCAGAGAUGACCCAGAGAGUGGCUCCAAGCUGUCCUAUUUCACCAGGCUGUGAGAACCAGCGCCUGAGGCAGCCAGUGGCCAGAUCCUUGCGGUCCGAUCCUACCCACGGGUUGAGCUACACCUCUGGGCCCCAGAUGGACAAAGCAGGUGAGCCCAAAGGCUCCAGUCUCUUUUCUAGGGACUCCACCACCCAACAGGACCUUGCAGGGCCCAGGGAGCAGGCAGAGGCAAAGGAGGCAGCCUGUGUUUAUGGCUUGGAGGUAAGAGUAUGUAGUUUUGGAGAUAAGAAAAUAAUUGUCAGUAGAGAUUAGAACCAUAAUACUGUAUAAAAUGCUGUGGGGAUUACAAUUCUGGAACGGUUUUGUCAUUUUCCAUUUUGGUGUCCCACUCUCCCACAGGAGGUCCAGUUUCUCAAUUUUUAACCUGAAGGCUACUCCUGUGAACAAGAUCCCACACCAUACUGUGGGAAACAGGCUGACUAAGUAUGGUUCCCAAUCAGAGACAACAAGCAACAGCUGAUUCACGUUGCCUCUGAUUGAGAACCACACUGGCCAACAUAGAAACACAAUUCUAGAACGAACAGAAAUGAAAACUCACACCCUGGCUCAACAUACUAGAGUCCCCAGAGCCAGGGCGUGACAGUACCCGCCCCCAAAGGCGCGGACUCCGGCCGCGCCAACCAAACACCACAGGGGAGGGACCGGGUGGGCACUCCGCCUUGGCGGCGGAUCCGGCUCCGGGCCUGAUCCCCACUCCCUCAAAGUACCCCUGGUCCGGUCUGGCCCCGCUGGCCGGAGCUGGACUGCACACUGGUGGAGCGGAUUGCUCUAGCUCCGGCGUGAAGCAGCUGACCGGUGCCGGACCAGGGACCGGUGGAACAGGCACGGGCCGUGCCGGACUGACGACGCACACCACUGGCUUGGUGUGGGGAGCAGGAACGGGCCGGACCGGGCUGGCGACGCGCACCAUUGGCUUGGUGCGGGGAGCAGGAGCGGGCCGGACCGGGCUGGCGACGCGCACCAUUGGCCUGGUGCGGGGAGCAGGAACAGGCCGGGCCGGGCUGGCGACGCGCACCAUAGGCUUGGUGCGGGGAGCAGGAACAGGCCGGGCCGGGCUGGCGACGCGCACCAUAGGCUUGGUGCGGGGAGCAGGAACAGGCCGGGCCGGGCCGGCGACGCGCACCAUUGGCUUGGUGCGGGGAGCAGGAACAGGCCGGGCCGGGCUGGCGACGCGCACCAUUGGCUUGGUGCGGGGAGCAGGAGCGGGCCGGACCGGGCUGACGAAGCGCACCACUGACUUGGUGCGGAGAGCAGGAAUGGACCGGACAGGGCUGGCGACGCGCACCACAGGCUCGGUGCAAGGGACAGGAACAGACCGGACCGUACUGGGGACACACACCACUGGCCCUACGCAGGGAUCAGGAACGGGCCGGACCGGACUGGUAACACACCCCAGUACCUCUCGCCGUGCCUCUACACCUUCCUUCCCCUUUUUGACCAGUGGCCCCCGUAACCUGGCGGCCUCCUCUGCCAACCCGCUGGGCCGCUCUAUCGCGGUCUCCUGCUGCCCCGUCGUCCAUGGCGUGAGCCCCCCCCUAAAAAAAUUCUGGGCUUCUCUCCCUCCCGUGGACCAGGUCUCCAUAUCUCUCGCCAGCCUUUCGCCCUUCUGCUUCCAAGUCAAGCCCCCCUCUUGCUCACACGGCUUGACCCAGUCGAGGAGGCGCUGGAUAUCCGCUAGAGAUUUCCCUGGCGAUGGCUCCUGGACCCGCUGCUUGGUCCAGUUCUGGUGGGAUCUUCUGUCACGAUCGUCAUAUACAGAGGAGGACCAAGGCGCAGCAUGGAAGGUGAACAUGCUUUUUAUUAAUGUUACACGAACAAAACAAUAAACGAUAACGUGACGUCCUCGGUCUAACACAAACCACACUGGAACAAGAUCCCACACCAUACUGUGGGAUUAAGUAUGUUAUCAGAGCAAAAGAAAAUGUUUUGUCUGAUUAGACCAAUGGCCAAUAAAAUACUAGUGGAACCAAAUGGAAACUCACACCCUGGCUCACCCACAGAGUCUCAGAGCCAGGGCUCCUGUCAUUGUUGCCAAUGGUGGCCGGCGUGGACCUCGGAUCCAAAGGUGGCCUCCUACCUGGGCUACGGCCCCCCAGCCUGCUGUAGCCAUACGCAGCAGCACUACCUCCACUACUGAGUCUCCUGGAGGGAGGGGGUCAACAGAUACACGUGCCAGUACUGUACCAAAGCUGAGGGCUUCCAACAGCUCCUCUUAUCCAACGUGAGCUCCUCAAUACACAAAACAGACACUCCGCCAAUGCAAAGCAGGCAUGAAUAGACAAGCAGACCUGAUUUUUCAAACAGCCCUCCGAGAAUGUUGUCAUUAAGAGUUUCAUAUUGAUUAACUGCACAGUGGAUAAAUAAAUGUAUAAUUUGCAAGACUGCAUGCUUUAUUCUUAGUAAUGAAAUAAGAUAGACUUACUUAUUCUAAACACUUUGCAUACAACUGCUAAAUAUAGACUGUUUAAAUUCAAUUUAUUAGGGACAUUAACACAAAGGAAGAAGAGUGUACAAAAUGCAAUCAAUAUUGUACAGUACCAGUGCUUGCCAAAUAAUACACAGUGCAGUGCUAUUAAACACUUAAGUAUUUUGGCAGUUGCUAUGACAACAUUCUCCACUGCACUGCUCAUAUUAGACACUCCACGCAGCGCAAAUUCAAGAAAAAUCUAAUGUUUUCUGGACUUUAUUGCACACAUAUGAAAUCAAUUACUGCAUAAUUCUAUGGGAAACAUACUAGUUUUAAAGUUAGAAGGAUUCAGAAUGAUUGAAUUAAAAAAAACAGUCUAGGCUGCAGAGAAAAACAAUGCACAACAUACCAAUCAUACAUCAAAAAUAAUAAAAAGGAUCAAACCAGCAUGCCUAGCAACGUCAGUCCAAACAUUCAACACAUAAUACAGCAAUCUCCCUGAGAUUCACUGGGAUUUAUUCCCAAAGAGUUAAAGUUGAUAAUGCAUUAUUAACACACAGGCUUGUGUUUUGAUCAUUGAGGUGAUAGAUACAUAUCUCCUGCAAUUAUAAAAAUUGUCAAUUUAUGAAAUAAUCCAAGAAACAGCUGCUGAUUAGAACUAGUGUACAGGGACAGAGAGAAGAAAUGUGCAUAUUUGGCAAAAAAAAAACAGCUUGCUGUCAAUUGGGCUUCGAAUCCAAUUCUAUAUUGGCACGCUUACAUCCCAUUCCUCCCCAUGCUGGCUUGGAGGACACAGGCCCUGUAACAGUCUAGAGUGGUGGUUCCCAACUCCAGUCCUCGAGUACCUCCAACAGUACACAUUUCUAUUGUAGCCCCAGACAAGCAGACCUGAUUCAACUUGUCAACCAAUCAUCAGGCCCUCAAUGAGUUGAAUCAGUUUAUUUUUGCCCGGGUCAACAACAAAAAUGUGUGCUAUUGGGGGUACUCGAGGACUGGAGUUGGGAACCACUGGUCUAGAGUGUAGUAUUGUAUCUAACACACCAUUUUGAGGUCGGUGUGCUGGAGGAUUGGGGUGCUGUAGGCGGAGUCCCAGUCCCUUUCGAACACGGCCUGUAGUUGUGCCUGGACCGUAGGCUCCGCUGACUGGGCAGCCGUUUGGUUCACCACCAAAGCCGAUCCAGCAGUGUUCACAAAAUAGUCUCCAGACCAGUUAGAGGUACCUGGUGAUCAAUGGGAAACACAAAGUUGCAUUUUGUUGUGCAUGGGAUGUAAUUCUGUAGGUUGUGCAUAACUUCUGAGAAGUUACCUCUGGUUUUUACAUCAGAAAUUAUUGAUUGUACUGAUACAGUAGCAUGACUGGUGCAUAUGCUAUCUAGGAGAGAGCAGAAUUACCUAUGUAGGCAACCUUGUCUGUCACCAUGUACUUGUUAUGGUUGACUCUGGCAAAGGGGAUUUCUUUCUGCUUGGGACUGGCUGGCACAACAAAGAGUUUCUGUAAAACAGUGAAGAAGAGUUUAAUAUCUAACAAUUGCUCUUCUGGAGGAGCUUACCAUACUAAUGAUGAUAAGUAAAGUGCAUGAGUAGCGAGAGGUCCUACUCACCACCUGGACAUCCAGCUUGGCCUUGGGUUCCUGCAUUGAAUCCAAGGCUUUCAGGAAGGGGAUCAUGACAGGCGAAGAGCUCGCCCAACAGCUGAUGAGCAGGCGCACCUUCACCCGCUUCUCGUAUGCCACGCGUCUGAUCUGA